ACAGCAGUGGCUAGCACAUCAUGGCAGACUUCGGCGAGCUCGACCCCUCCCUCAAGAACCUUGUGGACCAGGAGAGCUUGCAAUGGAUAUUCGUCGGGGGGAAGGGGGGCGUGGGAAAGACUACCACGUCCUGUUGUGUGGCGGCUCAGAUGUCGAAGGCGCGAGAAAGUGUGCUCAUCAUCUCCACGGACCCGGCUCACAACCUUAGUGAUGCUUUCGGGCAAAAGUUCACCAAGGACCCGACCCUCGUGAACGGCUUCGACAACCUCUACUGCAUGGAGGUGGAGCCCACGGUAGACAUGGACGAGCUGGCGGUGACGGACGGGAUGAGCCAGGACGCUGCGGACGGCAUCAAGGGCAUGUUCCCGGACAUGUCGAACUCCAUGCCCGGGGUAGUCGAGGCCAUGUCGUUCGCUGUGCUCAUGAAGAUAGUGCAGAACAUGACCUUCUCUCCCUCCCGUCUGCCCGCCCCCCCCCCCCCCCCCAGCAUGUUUUCGGACAUGUCGAAAUCCCUCCCGGGGGUCCAACAAGGCCUGUCGUUCCCCCAACUCCUGAAAAAGGGGGAAAAAAUGAACUUUAGCUGCCUCGUCUUCCAAACGGGGCCCACGGGAAACACCCUCCGGGUGGUCUCCUUUCCGAACAUUAUGGACAAAGGGCUGUCCAAACUGAAGGAACUCAAAAAAAAGUUCUCCCGCCUCUUUUUUCCAUUUGGG